GAAGGCUAUGAAAGAGAGAGAGUGUGGGGGAGGGAGAGAGAGAAAGAGAGAGGGACAGGCAGGCACUGAGCCAAGAGAGAGAGUGCAGGGGAAAGUUGAGAGCGAGCCAGAGGGGCAGGCUUGCAGGCAAAGGGAAGAAGAAACUGGGGCUCUGCUAUCCAGGAAGAAGAGAAAGGACCGUCCGAACUAGCAGCCACCAGCCACCAGGAGGAAUCGCUGGCUGGUGGAAUCUCCUUGACUGCACCCUGACUGGCUGUGUGCAGUGAUUCUCCCCUGGCUCAGCUCCUCUGCUCUGCCGUGUGUUCUGACUCAGCUGUGCUGUGUAGUCAGGCUGCUGGUCCGGCUUCUCAGGGAAUACAGCCACAGGAAGAGUCUUCAUGACAGGAGUGUCGGGGUUGGCAGGCAGACGCACCGCUACCAGGACUGGAUAACAACACAGUGGGACGUGGUGCCUCGGUUGUGACCAGAUCAGUUGCCCAGGCACAACAAACAACCAGACCAGGGGGAUUCAGGUUUACACAGGCCUGACCAGUUUCUGAGGGGGUAACUCCAGCCCAACGGACCCUGGGCUGGAUCCCACAGCAGGAGGUGUUUUGGACGGGAUCGGAGUGCCAUGGAGGUUCAGGGGAGUGGGCCUGAGGAGCCCAGGUCCAAGUAUCUGUUGUCCUCACACACCACCUGGCCCCGGACCAGCCUGAUCAUCACUUUGCUGCUCAGUGUGUGGUCUGCUCAGGGCCUGGAGAUGUCCACAGGGAAGGUCCCGUUCCUGGAGGCGUUGAACGGCAGUACUGUGAUUCUACCCUGCACCUACGCCAGCUGUAUCGGCAUCAAAAACCUCUACUUCAACUGGCAGUACAACGACAAUGGCACUAUGCAGAAGGUGUGUGAGUCUGUGAUUCCGUUAGACGGGAUGGAUCCCCAUCCAGUGAGUAUCUUCCGGGAGCGGGUGGAUUUUAUCGGCACCGGUGAUCACAACAACAUCUCCAUCCUGCUUUGGAACAUCACCUUUGAGGACGAGGGCCAGUACACCUGCUUCGGACGCAACCCCAAAGAGAAGGGCAAGAACCACAGCGCUAUCUUUACCCUUGUCGUGGUGGACGAGUUACGAGUGGUGGACAACACUCUCACCAUCAUAAUUGCUUCUGCAGUGGGCGGAGCCAUCGCCCUGCUGAUGACUUUCAUGCUGGUGAAGAACUUCAUCCUCUUCGUUCUCUUCAAAAUCGAGGAGAAGAAAAAGAUCGAGUGCCUUGUACAAUCUUCCUCAGCAGAUGAAACAAACAAUGUCUCAGGAUCCAAAACUUCGAAACCAACGACACCAAAGAAGAAAUGAGAGUACUUGCAUGUAUGUACAACCAUAUAUAAAUAUACAGUUAUAUCUAUGCAUAUAUUUAUAUGCACAAACAUGUGUAUGCACUCGUGACUCCAUGGGCAGGUUUCUUGGGCAGGUUUUUUGGACUGAGAAGCACGUCUGAUGGAGAUUCUUCAUUGAAAGUGUUUGUUAGUCCAAUAAGCUUAGGCUGUGUCUGGGAAACCACCCCCAUAUGUUCAAGUUGGUAUAUUGUUUAAAAAAAAAUCUUAAACCUAGGACCGUUUUUCAUAUGAUAAUAAAAAACAAAAAAAGAGAUGAAUUGAAUAUACGCUUGAGACAGGGAAUAACGCGAUAUAAUAAUGUUGUUUAAACUGUGCUGGAUCCUCCUCUCUUCACCAACCGUACUACUCUGGGCUUAACUGAAACGGUCUACAAAUUAAAAUAUUGUGUUUUGUAGAAACACACAGUCUAAUUCAAUCUCCAGUGACAUUUUGCCACGUCAGAUUCAGCUUAUUCAGUAAUGCUCUGAUUCACAUAGAGUUGGGUUUAGUGUUGUUUAGAUAGAAUACAGUGAUAUUAACUCUGCCUAUCCAAAGGUGAUUAAUUAAGCUUAUUUUAUAAUAUUUAGAAACUAAGGUCUUUAAAAGGGUGAUGCUGUGGUGAGACGUGAGAAAGGAUCCAGUUCAGAACUUAAUACACUUUCUUUGCUUGAUAUAAAGCACUGGUGCCUGUUAGCGCUUCUAUCUUCCUCUGCUGAUAGGAAGACUAAAUACUGCAAAACCAUUUACCAAACGCAGAAAAACGCAAGUGAAUAAUACUGCAAGCUGAUGAAUGAAAUUAUAGACAAUCCCUUGAAACCAACCCACUAGAAAAAAAUGAACCUCUACUAAUGCUGCUUUUAAGACAAAUAACCUUUUUAAUGCAUUUAUAAGCAUGUGAAACCCCAGGGCAGAUUUAGAGACACAAUGCUUGACAAUAGACAUGUACUCUCUCUUGUGUUCCUUUCCGGAAUCCAAGAUUUAACCACAAAUAAUGUGGUAAGUUCCGUCUGCUUUGAACCUGGAUCUAAAUCUCCUCAUAUCAUGCCAACCCCUGCUACAUCCAGUGUGCCAAGGCUAUGCACACUAUUUGGUAAAGUGGGUCUUCUGGCAUGAACAUUAACCCCCCCCCAACAGAAGUAUCCGCCACAUUUCUUAUAGUAAGUAAUUUACAAAUGGAUCUCUCUUUGCUGUACAGAGCACAUUCACACACAUUCAUGUUUUUACACACUGCAAUAAGUACCCAGCAGAAUUUAUGAUGGUUCAUUCAUGGCUCAUGAUUCAACACAAAUUCACCAUCUGCAAAAAAACAGAUAUCGAUCAGCUACAGUCAUUACGGAAACCUCCACUAACUACACCAUAAAGAGAUGCAUGGAGCAGCAUUUAGGUUGCAGGUAGCGUGAAAGACUGGAACCGAUCUUUACUGGACAGUGUAGAAUAGACACACAACUAAUAUCUCAUAUUCAGCCCAUUUAUUUUGCCAAACUGGGAUAACCCUGAGAAACCCACGUCUGAUCAGGAAUGGACUGGGAUAACCCUGAGAAACCCACGUCUGAUCAGGAAUGGACUGGGAUAACCCUGAGAAACCCACGUCUGAUCAGGAAUGGACUGGGAUAACCCUGAGAAACCCACGUCUGAUCAGGAAUGGACUGGGAUAACCCUGAGAAACCCAUGUCUGAUCGGGAAUGGACUGGGAUAACCCUGAGAAACCCACGUCUGAUCAGGAAUGGACUGGGAUAACCCUGAGAAACCCACGUCUGAUCAGGAAUGGACUGGGAUAACCCUGAGAAACCCAUGUCUGAUCAGGAAUGGACUGGGAUAACCCUGAGAAACCCAUGUCUGAUCAGGAAUGGACUGGGAUAACCCUGAGAAACCCACGUCUGAUCAGGAAUGGACUGGGAUAACCCUGAGAAACCCACGUCUGAUCAGGAAUGGACUGGGAUAACCCUGAGAAACCCACGUCUGAUCAGGAAUGGACUGGGAGAAACCCAUAUCUGAUCAGGAAUGGAAUGUCAUUGACUAGCAAUGGAAACCCAUUAAUAGUGAACUACAGUGUCAAGAUACAAUAGUUGUUUUGAAGAUACUUCCAGUGUGUGACAGAAUUGUGGAAAAAUCAUGUUCAGGGAAGAAGUUCACGUCUAUGUCCAUUGUCCAGGAACUUGCUGAAUCUGUCAUUGUAUAAACAUAACAAAUAUACCUCCCCCAAUCACUUGCUGAACCUGUUUCUAAUGUGGACAACCCCUGGUGUUGCUGUUCCCAUAGCAUAGCCCUUCAAAUAAAUGCACUGGCUUGUAGCAAUAGCAGGAGGAUAUUUUGGGCACUUUACCGUAGAUAUGUAUAUUCUUCGGCUGUGCUAGACAUGUGUGUAAACAGAGAUGUGUUGUAUCGGUGGAGCAGUGAGUGAAUGAACCUAAAUGUAUAUUUAACAUGAGGGUAAAGUUGAAUGAAUGAUCUUUGCUGUCUUAGAUGAGAACAGACCGACACCAUGGUUUGGCCAUCGACAGUAGUACAUGUACUAUCUCUGGUUGGACAUGGCUUUGAGCUUGUGGCACUGAAUCCCUGGCUGAUUCAUACUCUCCUAAGAUAACAGUGAUACUAUGCAAACACAAACACCACUACGGAGAGGAAGACAUCCACACACUGUAGGACAGGCUGCUGCAGUUCCCUCAAUGGGAUUUGCUUUCGCAAAGCUGCCCUGACAUCACAUCAACAUAACUAUACUGUAGCUACUGCAGGAUUCCAAUAAACCAUUUUGAGUUCAUUUUACUGUGAUAAUGUAAGCAAUAAAAAUGACAAGUGCAACAGUAAUCAAAGUGGGAUAUGGAGUUGAUCCUGGGUAGAUGAGGAACAUAGGCUUAUAGUGCAAGGAUAUUCAGUCCUUGAGGUCUGCAGCACUGCUAGUUUUCAUUGUUUUUAAACGGAGACUGUCUGGUUCAGACCUGUGAAAUCACCUGUAUAGAGAUUCUGGCCAAUUAAGUACAAAGGAGAAGUACAUAGUGCAGACCUUGCUGCUCAGAUUUGAAUACUUAUUUUGCCUGUAAUGCACUGAUGUAUAAGCUUUCCCUUCUCACUCUGGGAAGCUAGCCUCUUUUUUUCUGUUACUACAGUAUGUGGCCCUUUUUGUCAAUGUUUGGAAGGCACAUAGUUGUGUCUUCUCUCAUGUCAAGUUUAGUUCUGUUGUGAUGUGUGAAAAGACCUUCAAAGGUUCCUGAAUGUUAGAACCUAUGGAGCUAUGCAAUAUACAGUGUAAUUUCAAGGAGCAACAUGUAAGAUGUAAGCCAUAAAUCGAAUUGCAUCAUGUUUUUUUUAAAGGCGACUGCUUACAAAUGCUUACAAAUGACAGUACAGCUUACCGUAUCACAAUCCGAAAAAGAUUGUUACAAGGACGAAGAAGUUUUGUACUGCUAAUGUUCUUGCCAUUGUUGUCAACCUCAAACGAGAACCAAUCGUAAUGCAGGAAGUUGUACACAACUAAUUUGCAGCUUUCUAAAAAGUAGAUUUUAUUCUUGUGAUUUCUAUUCCUUUGCUUCUACUGGUAUGUAAUUGACAUUUGGCGCUAGUUGCAGGUGGAAAUGUUACAUGUAUAACCUCUAAACAAAGCCGAACUGUGAAAGUGACUCACGUGUUCUGUUGAAAUGCCCUUACACAGUUCUGGAUGACCUAGUACCAACUGUCUUCCUUGUUCCCUUUAUUUUGACAACUGUACUGAAAACUGGAUAGGUGAAGCAAAAGUUCAAUCUUUGUGGUUUGGAAAUUCUGAGAACACUUUGUUGUGCCAAGUUGUAGUAGCGGAAAUAGUGACCUCAUCCAUUAUUGCACUUAAGACAACAGAAUGUUUGAAUCUAUAAUGUACCCAGACAUUACUGACCCCUUAGUCCCACAUUCCUCUUCCAACUAAUAUGAAUGUACAGCCAUGUUUCUCCUAUUCCCUCAAAUGAUGCCUCCCAUGUAAUCUCUCCAUCAUGCAAAUCUGCUCAAAUAUGAUUUAUUAUAAAAAGCCACAAGAAUCCAAUAAACUUUUGAAUAUAACAGUA